UUUCUCAACUUCAGAACUCUCUCCCUGUAAUCUCAUAAUCUCUCAAUCUUAACCAAAAGAAACAAAAUUUUCUAAAGAGAAAUGGGUUCCAAAAGUGUCCAAGUUUUCUUGAUAAUGGCUCUUUUCGCCACAGUUGCACUUGCUCAAGCCCCAGCUCCCACUCCCACAGCUACUCCUCCUCCUCCCGUUGCUACUCCUCCUCCUGUCGCUACUCCUCCUCCAGUGGCUACCCCACCACCCGCCGCAACCCCAGCUCCAACCACCACUCCACCACCUGCCGCGACUCCAGCCCCUGCCACUACCCCACCAUCUGUUGCUCCUUCUCCAUCUGAUGUUCCUAGCGCCUCCCCACCAGCACCGGAAGGUCCCGCAUUGAGCCCUAACGGACUUGCUCCAGGGCCUUCGGAUGAUGCACCUCCUCCUAGUGCCGCUUUCUCCAACAAGGCUUUCAUCGCCGGAACCAUCUUCGCUGCCGUUAUGUACACCGCCGUUUUAGCUUAAUAUCUUUUUAUUUUAUUUUUACAUUUUGUUUCAAAUUCAGAUUUUCAUAUUAUUUUUUUCUUCCGUCUAUUAUUUCAAAUAUUUGGUGUUAUGUGAGAAUUUCAUUUAUUUGAUCAUUUAAAUUUUUAUUAUACUUACGUCUGUUGUCGGAUCGGGCAAGUGAUUCAUGGCGAGAACUAAUGAAACGUUGACACGUGUGAUUUACAAUUGGAAGAGGCUGUGUUGUAGAAGAGUAAUCUGUUUAUGUAAAUCCAAAUCAUAGAUUAAUAAAAUAAUUUCACAAUC